UUGUACGUGAUGGACAGACGUUGGUUUGAUUUUUCAUCGAACACACGCGUGGAAAUUUUAAAUUCGUUCCAUCAUUUAGUGGAAGCAAAUGCAGCUGAAAUUACAUGUGUCAAUAAAGUGAAGGAAGGAGAAAGCCCUGUUCUAAAUGCUGGAAAACAUUUUGCUUCUUGUGUGAUUCUUGUGAAAGAAGAAAUUGCAAGGCUUACAUUUCAAUCAAUUGAUGAAAAAUUAUCAAGAGGAGAAAUCCUCGUUUCGAGUGACAUUUCUCUCGUUGUGAUGUUUGUGUCCUCGCCAGAUUACGAAGUCAAGUUGAUCGCGUUAGAGUUUUUACAAAAGUUAUUUUCGAAAUCUGCGAAUGUUUUCUUAUCGAGUGAGGAUAAAGAUAAACUUGUAGGAGUACUAUUGACGCGAAUGUGGCAUUCCCAGACGAAUUAUGAAGUUUUAUCAUCGUUGUUCGACUGUCUUUCUCUCGUUCCUGAAUCUUUGAAGUUUCCUUGGCUAUUGCAGGAUGAAACAGUGAUUACUUUCCUCGAGGGCUGGGAAUAUUACAAGAAGUUACUUGCAAAGGUCGGCCACGGGUCCGAUGUUCUGGCAUCUUUUUUAAAGUUUUCAUCUGUAUUAAUUUAUGUUGCUCGUGAGAAUGUUUGUGCUAUCGAUGGAACCAAUGUGCUGGAAGAAUGGAUGAACUUAUUUGAGAUGUGCGCCCAUAAUGAAGAAAAUGAAAAAUUACGGUUAACGAUAACUCUUGUCAUUGGAUCAGGGCGAGUCAAUUUUCUGUUAUUAAAGCCAUUAAGCAGUCAUGAAAGUAUUACAUUUCGCUUGUGGAAAGUUAUUGUUGAGAUGUUGAUUGACGAAUCUGUGGCAGUGAAGGACUCAAUGGCUUAUGCUCUUUCGGGUUUGUUUCAGUCGAUUGAACAAGGCAGCAUUCACUAUCGUGAUUGUGAUAUUCACAGUUUCUUGGCUUUGAAAAUGGUCGCUCGGUUAGUUCUUGACCUUAUUUCUUCGAAUAUCCCAUGUUGACCAUGCAUUGGCUGCUGAAUUUUCUAAAUGAAUCUAUAGUAAAGUCUGACAGUUUCCAAGACCAAGCUUAUAAUGAUAUGUCAAAAAUAGAUAAACUUUUUGAAAAGGACCGAUAAAUACUUAUCGCGAGGAUUGUAUAUUGGCCGAAGUGCUUUUCAAUGAAGUCUGCUGGGUGUUAGAAAAAAAUACGAGUAUCAACGACUGUUCCAAAUCAUAUUUGGAACUGCUUAGAAUGACAAGAGACUUUGUCGUUUGUCGAAAGAACAUUUGUUGCCAUGAUUUGACAUACAACAACAUUUAUUUAACUGUUAUUGGGCUGGCUUUUAUGAAAGUUAUUGUUGCACAAGAGCAAAAUCAAACUUUGAAAGAAUUCCACGGAACGGCGGAAUGUGAAAAUUGGCCUAUAUUUGAAAACAGUAUCACGUGGUUAAAGCAAAUACAAGCUAGCGAUGACUACAAACAUUUUUUUGAACAUUUUCAGCUUAAAGCAAUUACAAAAUUUGUGUUAAAAUAGCGCAAAUUUCGUACAUAGUUAGGUUAAUGUUUUUCGUUAAUGUUUUGGCGAUAAAAUUGUAGUUUUAUGCUGAUAUUUUAUUUUUAAUUAGUAUUAACCAUGUAAUUUUUUCACCAAGUUUUAUUUAUCAAUACGCUCAAUUUUCUGAUUUAUUUAUUUGAUAAGGUUUGAGCAUGAGCGGAGAUUUUAGUUUGUCCUUUUUUCAAGCAAUUAUAAUUAUGAUGAAUAUUAUCAGCAAUCGGAUAAUUAUAAUCAAAAUCAUCGGCUAUCGACACCAUAAAGUCAUCGGACCAGAGACCUUAAAUUAUUAGUCUUUGAUUUACAAAAAAUUUGUAAAUAAUGAUCGAUAUUGAUAGAACAUAGAAAAAUUACAAGCAUUAAUACGGUCCAUA